GCGGGAGCACCGGGAGCACCGGGAGCGCCGCGGGGCUGCGGGAGCACCGGGAGUGCCGGGAGCGCCGCGGGGCUGCGGGAGCCGCGCACGGCGGGAGCGAGCAGAGCCCGCACCCGCGGAGCCGCGCCGGGCAGGGCAUGUCCCCCCCGCCCGCACAGGUAUUGGAAAUUUGACUGAAGUCUACAUAUCAUGCACUGGAGAAGACUGAAGGUGGCCUAAAAUCCCCAAGGAGCCCCAUUCUCUGCUGGCAUCAGUGGGCUCGUCUCCUCUGAGCUGGGUGGCUGAAGAUGAGGUUGCUCUGGGAGCUGCUGGUGCUGCAGUCAGUCAUGGUGUGCCUUGCAGAUGACAACACACUGCAUGGGCCAGUUUUCCUUCAGGAGCCCAACAGCCUGAUCUUCCCUUUGGAUUCAGAGGAAAAGAAAGUGAAGCUGAGCUGUGAAGUGAAAGGAAAUCCCAGACCAACCAUUGGGUGGAAGUUAAAUGGGACCAGUAUUGACGUGGGGAUGGAUUUCCGCUACAGCCUGGUGGAAGGCAACCUGCUGAUCGAUAAUCCCAAUAAAACCCAGGAUACUGGAACAUACCAGUGUGUAGCAACAAACCCGUUCGGAACCAUUGUCAGCAGAGAAGCAAAGCUUCAGUUUGCCUACCUGGAGAACUUCAAGACCAGGACGAGGAGCACGGUGUCCGUGCGCCAGGGCCAGGGCAUGGUGCUGCUGUGCGGGCCCCCGCCCCACUCGGGAGAGCUCACCUACGCUUGGAUCUUCAACGAGUACCCCACCUUCGUGCACCAGGACAACCGGCGCUUCGUGUCGCAGGAGACGGGCAACCUCUACAUCGCCAAGGUGGAGGCCUCAGACGUGGGCAACUACACCUGUGUGGUGACCAACAGCGUGACCAACAGCAGGGUCCUGGGCCCCCCCACGCCCCUCAUCCUCAGGAAUGACGGGGUGAUGGGAGAGUAUGAGCCGAAAAUAGAAGUGCAGUUCCCAGAAACGGUUCCAUCUGCAAAAGGAACAACGGUGAAACUGGAGUGCUUUGCCUUGGGGAACCCAGUUCCUACAAUCAGCUGGAGGAGAGCAGAUGGGAAACAGAUCCCCAGAAAAGCCAGGAGGCACAGGUCGAGCGGGCUCCUCGAAAUCCCAAAUUUUCAGCAAGAAGACGCCGGGCUCUACGAAUGUGUAGCUGAAAACGUGAGAGGGAAGAACGUGGCACGAGGACAGCUGACAUUUUAUGCUCAGCCCAGCUGGGUGCAGAAGAUGAGCGAUGUCCACGCAGCCAUUGAGGACCGCGUGUCCUGGGAGUGCCGGGCCAGCGGGAGACCCAAACCCUCGUACCGCUGGCUGAAGGAUGGGGAGCCUCUGCUGGCACAGGGCAGGGUUCAGCUGGAGCAGGGCUCCCUCACCAUCACCAACGUCAGUCUGUCGGAUGCUGGCAUGUAUCAGUGCGUGGCAGAGAACAGGCAUGGCAGCAUUUUUGCCAGUGCAGAGCUGAGUGUCAUAGCCAUCGGGCCAGACUUCUCCAAAACACUCUUGAAGAAGUUAACUCUUGUGAAAGUGGGUGGUGAAGUCAUCAUUGAGUGUAAGCCCAAAGCUUCCCCCAGACCUACUUAUUCUUGGAAGAAAGGAAAAGACAUCCUAAGAGAAAAUGAGAGAAUCACCAUUCUGGACGACGGGAGCCUCCGGAUCGUCAACGUCACCAAAUCGGACGCGGGAAGUUACACCUGCGUGGCCACCAACCACUUUGGGACAGCGAGCAGCACAGGCAGCCUGGUGGUGAAAGAUCCAACCCGGGUCAUGGUGUCACCUUUCAGCAUGGAUGUCACGGUUGGAGAGAGCAUUGUCCUGCCUUGCCAGGUCUCUCACGACCACUCCCUGGAUAUCAUGUUCACCUGGUCAUUUAAUGGGCACCUGAUAGACUUUGAAAAGGAUGGGGAUCACUUUGAACGAGUUGGAGGGCAGGAUUCAGCUGGUGAUUUGAUGAUCAGAAGCAUCCAGCUGAAGCACGCGGGGAAAUACGUCUGCAUGGUGCAAACAAGUGUGGACAAGCUCUCGGCUGCUGCAGACCUGAUUGUAAGAGGUCCCCCGGGCCCCCCCGAGGCCGUGACGAUCGACGAGGUGACGGACACCACGGCCCAGCUGUCCUGGAGGCCGGGGGCUGACAACCACAGCCCCAUCACCAUGUACGUGGUGCAAGCAAGGACCCCCUUCUCGGUGGGCUGGCAGGCAGUGAGCACAGUUCCAGAGGUCAUCGACGGCAGGACGUUCACGGCCACGGUGGUGGGGCUGAACCCGUGGGUGGAGUACGAGUUCCGAGUGGUGGCUGCCAACCUGAUCGGCAUCGGGGAGCCCAGCAGGCCCUCGGAGAAGAGAAGGACUGAAGAAGCUCUUCCUGAAGUGACCCCAGCUAAUGUCAGUGGAGGUGGAGGGAGCAAGUCCGAGCUGGUCAUUACCUGGGAGACGGUGCCCGAGGAGCUGCAGAACGGCGGUGGCUUCGGCUACGUGGUGGCGUUCCGGCCCUUCGGCACCGUCAGCUGGAUGCAGACGGUCGUGGCCUCCCCGGACGCCGCCAGAUACGUGUUCAGGAACGAGACCCUGCCGCCCUUCUCGCCCUACGAGGUCAAGGUCGGGGUGUACAACAACAAGGGCGAAGGCUCCUUCAGCCCCGUCACCGUCGUCUACUCGGCAGAGGAAGAGCCAACGAGAGCCCCGACCGCUGUUUCGGCCAGAAGUCUUUCCGCCUCAGACGUUGAAGUUUCGUGGGCUCCCCCUUGGGAGAGCCAGCACAAAGGAAGAAUCCAGGGAUAUGAGGUCAGGUGCUGGCGACACGACGAGAAGGAAGAAAACGCCAAAAGGAUCCGGACGGUUGGCAACCAGACCUCCACAAAGGUCAGCAACCUGAGGGGCAAUGCCCUGUACCACCUGGCAGUCAGAGCCUACAACACAGCUGGCACCGGCCCCUCCAGCGCCCCCGUCAACGUCACCACCAGAAAGCCACCACCGAGUCAGCCCCCCGGGAACAUCAUGUGGAAUUCGUCCGACUCCAAGAUCAUCCUGAACUGGGACCAGGUGAAAGCACUGGACAACGAGUCAGAAGUGAGGGGCUACAAAGUUCUGUACAGGUGGAACAGGCAGAGCAGCACAUCUGUGAUAGAAACCAAUAAAACCUCGGUGGAGCUGUCCCUGCCCCUGGACGAGGAUUACAUCAUCGAGAUCCGGCCCGUCAGCGACGGCGGCGACGGCAGCAGCAGCGAACAGAUCCGAAUCCCAAAGAUAUCGAAUGCCUAUGCCCGAGGCUCGUCGACCUCCAGCGCCUGCACCCUGUCAGCCAUCAGCACGAUAAUGAUCUCGCUCACAGCCCGCUCCAGUUUAUGACAAAAAUGGCACCCAGGACUUCUUGUUGAUACUAUAAGCAACAUUUAGCUAGUUGUUUUGAAGACACCCAGUACUAAGUAAUAUUGUGGUUUGAGUACAUCUUACUACUGGAAACAAACAAACAAAAAAAUGUUUAUGCUUCUUUAGGAAUGGCAUUAUACAGUACUUCCUCAAAGCAAAUAUAGCUUUGUCUGAAGUUUCCUUGGAAACUCUGCAAUGCACUGAAAACAUCUGUAAUAUGAUGUUACCAAAGCAGUUUACAUAUGUCCUUAUAUGCAUAUUUUUUAUUAUAUAUUUAGUGUUUUAUAGAAUUUUUUAAAGUUAACAUAUGAUGUAGAUAUUAAUUUUUUUCCUCUGCUCUAAAAUGCUACGGACGACAUAACCACGGAAAUAUUGUUUGGAAUUUUUUUCCUUUACGAUGGAGAGCUCAAAGUUGUUCUCAGUAAAUUGGCUGCCAGUUCACUGUACAAUUUUACAAGGCCACACGAGGCAGGACCAACCCAGAGCUGGGUGGUAACACAGCUGAGUUUCGUGGCAGUUCCAGUGACUCUCGUGUUCCACCACGUUCUUCUGACACACAGGGUGGUGUGUUUGAUCCACAGGUCUGAGCAAGACAAACUUGAAACACUCAGAACGUCCUAACACUGCAAAAACCCAGGAAUGUUGGGUGGUUGUGGACAGGCAGAGACCGUUCUGGCAUUUCUGCUGCCUUGAAAUAGCUUUGGCUUCAUCACGGUCCCCAUCCAGCUGGGAAGGGAUGAAGGUACUGCAGGGAUGGGAUCUCUGCCUCCAGGGACACGAAGGGAAGGGCAAACCCAGCCUGGCCCACCUCGGUUUGGGGAUUCCAUUCCAAGGAAAUCAGAGCCCAGCAGCUCCGAGCCACCAAGCUGCUCCUUUGGAACACAACUCACCACCCACCGGAAUUCCACGCUGGACAGCGCUUGGGGAAGUUGCUCUCGACCAAGGGGAGCUGGGACCUCCCACAGGUCUCUCUAGGAAGUUUGCCUCUCUCUGGAAACUCUUCACAGGCACCUGCAGGCAGCAGAGCCCCGCUGGAAAACUACAAUAUCCACAUGGAAAAAACUCUUCUUAAGGGAAGGACUGUUUGCUACUACGGGGGAAUUUUGUAAGUUCGCUCAGAUGGGAAAUCGCUGGUCAAAGGCAACGGAAUUUUCUAUACAAUUUUCAAGUUUCAAUGCGCUGCAGUGGUAUAUUUUAUUUUUUUUUUUUCCUGAUAUAGCUUGAAUUUGCCUGUAACUUGUCUUUUUUGCUUACAAAAUACUACAGUUAACUUUUAGACCUUCUAAAUAUAUUUAUUCAGUAACUCAUAAUCAGGAUUCCACUUGUGUAAAAGUCAGGGGUGUUGACCAGAGAAAUAUUGUCAGUAUUUCAAGCUGUGUUCCUUUCUUAGUUUGAUAUGGUUACUUCUAUGUAAAAAAAAAAAUAAAAUAAGAAAAACAAAACAAAAAAAACCACAAAACCAAGAAAAAUGAAGUUUAAAAAAAAAAAAAAAGCUGCUGUAGUUUUCUCCCCGGUGUAAAUGAUAUUUAUCAGUGAUCUAGCAGAUGUAAUCUUUUUUUAAAGGUAUUGGUAAUAAAUAUUCUGUCAUUUGUAAAGAUA